AUCCAACGAUCCUUACUAUUCUCGUUUCGCUUUUUUAUGCCGGCAGUUGAGCACUUGUAGAUUGUGCGUUCGAGCUGUUGUGGCGCCGGCUCUCGUGGGUUCAUUGAUUUUUGUUCGAACUGCAGCUGCACCUGUGACGAGAAAUGCCUCCCGAAGCUAUUAUCAACCUGUCGGGCAAGGUGGCAAUCAUAACAGGUGCCUCUUCAGGUAUUGGCUGGAGCACAGCCAAGCUAUUUGCAAGGCUCGGAGCCAGGUUAUCUCUCAACGGCCGGAAAGAGGACAAGCUAAAGGAAGUGGCAGAAGCAUGCCAGCAGUACAUGCCACAAGACGCCAAAAUUCUCCAAACUCCAGGCGACCUAAGGGAUACCCAGUUGGCAGAAACCCUCGUAGAAUCAACGAGUAAAAAGUUCGGUAAAAUUGACAUUCUGGUCAACUGUGCAGGCAUAAUUGCAAAUGGGAGUAUUGAGAACACGUCUCUCGAACAGUACGACGAAAUGUUUGCCAUUAACGUUAGGACGGUCUUGCACCUAAUGUCUCUGGCCGUGCCACAUCUGAUCUUCAGCAAAGGAAGCAUUGUCAACGUGUCUAGUGUCACUGGUAUCAGAUCGUUUCAAAACGUGUUGGCCUACUGCAUGUCCAAAAGUGCUGUUGAUCAGCUGACCCACUGUUCAGCCUUAGAGUUGGCAAGCAAGCAAGUGAGGGUCAACGCUGUCAACCCCGGCGUAGUGGUCACAGAGCUGCAGAAGCGUGGAGGCAUGUCAGACGAGUCCUAUGCAACAUUCCUGGAACACUCAAAGACAACUCAUCCCCUGGGCCGAGUUGGGAACCCAGAUGAGGUGGCCAAAGCCAUUGCAUUCCUGGCCUCGGACGCUGCUUCGUUCAUCACAGGAGUCACGCUACCAGUGGACGGCGGGCGGCACGCAACUUGUGCCCGAUAACACUCGGCAUUGUCAGCAUAUUAGAGAGGCGGGUUUCUCCCUGGCAAUUCCCCCAGCAAUUACUGUGAGAAACCUGCUACGAUUUCUACAAGGAGCUUCUGCAGACACAUUUCCGAGUCGAUUUGUUCUUGUGGUUUGCUUUGCUGUUACGCUUAUUUAAGUGCUCUGUUUAAUUAAAAGGAAUAUGUAUACUUCA